AUGAACAUCAAAAAGAAACAAAGGUUCAUAAGGAUCAAGUUCAAGAUCAAGAUCAAGAUUUUCAUCAUAAGUGAGAAAGAAAACUCGAGUGCUCUGCCUUCUGGUAGUGACAAUGAAAAUGAAUCAUUGAGGGAAAAAAAUCGGGUUUUAGAAGAAAAGGUUACUGACUUCAAUACCAUUGCAUCUAAAGAAUUUGAAAAUAUCGAGCUAAGAGAAAAAAUUGAAGGUUUGGAGAAAGAAGAGCCGAUAGUUCUUGUCCGAGAGAUGAAGGAAACACUUGAGGGAAUGAAAAUUCUCGUUGAGAUCAUAUCAUCACCAGCAGUGCACAGUCAACUAAAUGUACAACCUCCAGGUUUUGGUGUUCCAUCGCAAUAUUUAAGUAGUCCAUCGUCAAGUUCUUGCCACAUCGGUGCAAAAUUGGUAAAACUAUGGGGAGAAGUUUUCAUCUGCGAAUCUGUGCCUAAAAAAGUGAAAACAAUCUUGAAGUCUAGUGGUCAGACAGAGUUUUCUCGGAAUCGCGCAGUUACUGUCAUCUUGGAAAAUUUAUUUUCACCUGAGCAACUGGCAAAUAUGUCACUGUCAGGCAGAAAAAGUCCAGGAAUUCCUGACGCUAUUCCAAAACCGAAAAUUCCGGACAAAAUCCAAGAGGCUAUUCACAAUUUCAUGCAAGCAGCAUGGGGCGAGGCAUUUUCAAUCGAGGAUGAAAAAGGGAGCGUUACGACUAUGGCUGUUCUAUCAACCACCCAAAUCGAUAAGGCAAUUGGAGCAAGGUUAUUGGCCUGUCACACCCACCUAAAAAAGAAGAAAAAUCCACAAUCUCAGGAAGACCAUGAAUAGAAGAUAUCGCCUCUCA